GCCUGUAGACACGAGAAGAGCGCCACCUACCGGUGCUGAGGAAGUGUUUGUUUGAUCACCCUGACAACGGAUGACGAGGCACGGCUCUGGAAUAAGUGCGGACUGUGAUUUCCCGGAGGAGAACUCCUAUCACACGGAGGCACCGGAGGCACCGGGAUGUGAUGCAGCAUAUUUACCUGAAUAGACGAGAAUACAUUUUUCUAUGAUGCUACGAGCAAAACGGCAAAGUAAAAUGAUGCCUCUUAACAAACUUUUGGAUGAAAUAGAAUUGUCAAACAAAAAGGACACCUGGGAUUAUACAGGUGGACAUCUAAAUCACAACCAUCUUUUCAAGCCUCAAGUUCUAGAAGCGAAGACGUUCUGGAGAAGUGGACAGAACCAGCAAAAGUUUCAGCAUGACAAACCUAUAUAUGAUAUAGCAUCAAGUAAAUCAGAUGAGAAAGGCAAAAAGAUGAAGGAUUCUUUCACACACUUUACUGUUAAAACAAGUGUAGUACCAAGUCCUAAUAGCAAAUCAGCAAGUACAUCUUCUCCGGUGAUAAAACAUUUUGGCACUGCUACUCCCAUAAAUACUCCUUUUGCUAGUUCUCUUCUGGGAACUCAGUCAUAUGGGACUUGCAUGGAAAAUUUAGAAUAUGAUAAAGAAUCAUUGCAGGGUAAAGAGCUUGACAUUCCUGAUUUCAAGGUGCUGACUUUUGAUUAUGAACUAUAUAAAACAAAAAAAGAUUACAAAGACAAAUACAAAUUUAUUCCCACAUUUUUUUCUGGUCUUACCAAAUCCGAUCAGUUUAAAAUGUUUUUACAGUUUGAUGAAGAAGUUAUUCAGAGACAAUACUUGUCAAACGAUUUCUUUAAUAGUUCAAGUGUUGAAUACUGCAAGAAGAAGUUGACAAAGGAACUUCAGAAUUUUGCCCAUAUCCAGGCCCCUCAUUUUGCACGUUUACAAAUCUUCAGUGAAUCAUUUGAAAACAUUUGCAACAUUUCUUUCGCUUUCGGAACCAUACUGGAGCAAGUAAAGAAUGCAUAUGAAUUAUAUGUAAAUUAUCUCCUGGAUUCUCAGUCACCACUGCAGCAUGAGGUUUUACUAUCAGAGAUAGCUGGAAUGAAGAAAAGAGCAGUUCAAACUGAAGAUGUGCACAAGGCAGAAGUAAAGGUGAAAGAGUUUGAACAAAAAACUAUGUGUGCUCUACAGCAUAAUGAUCAACUAAGAAAUAACUUUAAGAAGAUGAACCUUACCAUCUCUGAUACAGAUGUAGCUGAAGAUUCUCCAUUGGAUUCACAAGAAGAAAAAUCAGAUAAACAGUUUUGUCUUCCAAAUGAAGAAGCAACAUUUGUUUCAAAAAGAAGCAAGAUCUUGAAAACAUGCCAUGAAGUGAAGACUCUAGAGGAUGAAAUCGGAAAGAAUAUGACUCAUAUGGUGAAUUCUGAGGCUUUAGAGCAAUAUAUAAAAGAAGUUCAGACAGAGACUGUGAAACUUCAGUCAUCAAACUCUUUUCUUCAAAGAACAAGCAAGGACCUGGAUUCUGAAAUAAAAAGAUUGCUGAUGAAACUGAAACUUAAUUUGGAGAAACAGGAAGAAAUUAAACGCCUGGUGGAACCGUUCUUAAAAUUUGGAGAGAUAUGAAUUUGUGGCCAGUUUUUAAAUACAAAUGAGUAGGUUGUGGAAGACAUUUUUUGGGAUAAACAAAAGAAAUCUAAUGGAAUAAUCUGAAGAAAUAUUACUGACAUCUGAAUAUUUGUUGGCAUUUGACUAAGUUUGCAAAACGUACAAUAGAUUAAACUGGGCAGUAUUAUUUUUU